CACUUCUACAGCCUCAACUCUAAAGUCUAGCCAGCUCAAUAAAAAUGUCACAAUAUAGCUUGGAUUCAUCGUACCAGUCAUCAUCGGAGGAUGUACGUAUAGAAGCUGGAUCCAGCAGGAAAACAGAGCAGGAGCUCUCAAGCGAUAAGCAAGGGCACGACUACGCAAAGAGAUCCCAUUCAGGCUUUGCGCUUAGAUAUGGCAAUAUAUAUUCGCUUUAUAGGUCCUUUGAAAGGAACCAAACGGCCACAUAUUCAACAAAGAUGGAUUCCAAAGGCAAUCGUGAACCAGGUCCCAAAUACCGUUCACCCCCGCAAAGAAAUUUAAUGAUCUAUGCAAUAAUUGGCUAUAUAUCGGGCAUCAUCCUGAUCUUGCUCUGGUAUCUGUUCCACUAUCGCAAGGAGCGCGAUGAGCUGAACCUCAAGUGGUUUUGCAUUGUGCUGCUCGGCCUGCUGUUCCUGAUAAUCAUCUAUAACCGUGCGACCCAAUCGAUUGGCGUUUUAUGUUUGGUCUCCAUUUUUGGCUAUACGGGGCGCGAGCUAUUCAUUUCUCUGGCCUUGCUGCUCGCUGUUCUGGGUCCUGUGACGAAUAUCUUGGGCAAUAUUGAGAUAAUGGCGUAUAGUUUGUCGUGUGGCCAAACGCUGUUGAGGGCCGCCCUGACGCCCAUGCACGAGAUCAUGGGCUCCCCCGUCUACGUGAUCGAGCAGGCGGUCUACACCUGCCUGAGCCAGGUGCGAAAUCUGAUGGAUCGCCUGGACCGUGCACUGCGCAGCAUUGAGGAACUUAUUUUGCAGCUCUACUCGGGUUAUCGGAGCUGCGAUCAUUGGCUGAUGCACCAGCAAAGCUUCUUUGAGAACCAGAUGGGCUCGCCCUACGAUCGGUGCAUGGGCGCUGGCAUGAUCAGCGUGCAGGACUGCAAGGCGAAGUUCAAGGAGCAGCCGUCCGUCUGUGCCCUCGAGAAGCACAUCGAGUGGUUCUGCUCGAACCUGAAGGAUGUGCCCAGCUUCUUUGACGUGAGCCUGAAGGAGCAGCAACGGAUUGUCGAUCAGGUCUUUAGCCGGCCCAUGGACAUGUUCGGAAAGAUCCGCGCCAUGUUCGAGGUGAGCAUUACGUUCGACCAUAGCCCCAAGUCGGAUGAGACUAGCGGCGCCUCGGACAGCGAUAUCGGACAGAACAUCGACGCAGACUUCGAUCGGCAUAUAUUCCUCUUCGUCUACCUCUGGCUGGCGGCCAUGCUGAGCAUGCUGAUCGUGCUGCUGGUGCUGCACUCGAUCUACUUUCACAUCAACUACUUGGACAGCAAUCACUAUCGCAACUACUAUUUGACCAAGGACUUUUUCGACAUCAACAAGGAGAAGCCCAGCGGCUUGACGGAAAAUCUCCUGCCCCUACGACCCACCGAGCGGAAGACCUUUGUCAGGCUGGACUCGUGGCGCCUCUUGCCCUGCGAGACGCGUCAUGCCCACGUUUCCGUAGUGCUUCUGCUCAUUAUUAGCUUCCAGCUCUUCACCAUUUGCGUAUUCGACUAUGGCCUAUCCUGGAUGCUCGCUAAUUUGACCUACCACCUGCACCAGACAGCCGAGCUGGAGCCACCCGAGUAUACGAAAGUUGUGAUUAGGAGUGGUGGAUUCAUCGCUGACCUCUUGCGUGACUUUGUGCACGCCUUUGAGCCCUUGAGCAAGAACCUCAUUGUGGACAUUCAACAUUGCUUGCCAAUGCCCAGGCCACCAAAGUUUUUGCGCUACUGGGAGAUUAUGAUGCUGUGCCUGCUGGCCUGGCUUCUGAUCAUCGGCGAGCCAAUCAGUCAUCGCGUGGGCCACAAGAUCAUGUCCAUGUUCUACCCAGCCAAUGGGCGACGUCGUGCUGUAUUGCUGCACGAACGCCUGAGCUAUGGCAGAGUCGUCUUUAUGCGUAAGGUUAGGUGGCGGGCGCAGUUACUUAACUUUUACGUCCCGGAUAACUGCAAGUGUCUAACGCAAUUGAUAGCCAAGAUGAGCGGAACCUUGUACAGACUCACCAAGGGCUACCUCGGCUCCUAUGAGGGCAAGUACUGUCUUCUCUGCAAGUCAAGACUGAUCUACGGAGGUUUCGUCGUGUGCAAAACGCCCAACUGCAGGGGCAUCUUUUGUGAGUUGUGCUUCCUGGACUUGGAUUCCGAGUGUCUGGUGUGCUCUCUGCGUAUUCGUUUUGACCACAUCGUGAAUAUAAGCGAUGUUGAGGACUCAUCGGAUGCUGAAAGCGUGCAUAAGGCUUCGCGGCCUGAUCCUAAUUAUGUCAUUUACUAA